UUUGAAUGAAGCAGAAUGGACAUUCCUCUUUUGCCUGCAUUUUUCCCAGUUCUUACAAAUAACCAUUUUACCCCAUGCCACUACAACAACUCUGCAGUUUGUCUACAAGUAGUUUAUUUACUAUUUAUGACAUUAACGCACUGGUCCGUCGGCAAAAACCUCUCGCCUUACUGGUCCGUUUGCGAAUCCGUCCGUGGCGAAACAAGUGCGCUUGUGUUAUCUUUGCUGACAUGCAACAACUUAUCUGGCAGCUAAAUGAGCUUUGUCCCAAUGUAAAGUAAGUUUCCUGUAUAGGUUUGGACCAGUAGCGUUUGUGCCGCCGCUGUCGCUAAUGUUAUAUAAUAUAAAAGCGGCUAAGCUAACAGUUAGCCGGCGUUAGCGCUAACUUCUCUCGUUGUAGCUACAACAGCCUUUCGCCCAGCUGGAACAACUUGUUCUCUCUGGCUGCCACGAUGGACACUUUCAUUAAACUUACCAACCAAAGUCAAGGGAGGGACCGUAUUUUCAGGACGACCCAGUAUGCCUGUGCACUGUCCAAAUAUUUGCUCCGAAACAACUCAGCAAGAAAGGAGCUGGUGGCAAAACUUAAAAGUCUGGAAGCCAACAUGAGUGCUGGACGAAAAUUGUUCAGGCUGGGGAACACAGUGAACUCCAUUGAGGCUGCCAAGCGAACCAUGCAACUCGCUGACCCAGUGCUGUGCCUGUGCCUUACUGUGGCCAACAUCAACCGCGCCCUCUACUUUAUCUGCGACAACGUGCUUUGGGCCAGAAACGUCGGUCUCGCCCGAGAUAUCGACAAGGACCGCUGGAGCCUCAAUGCCUCUCGCUUCUAUUUUCUCUCACUCGUCAUGAGUCUGACCAGAGAUGUUUACGUAAUCUCCCAGUUAAUGGUGCAAAGAGCGAGAGACAGGCGCUUUGAGCAGAAACUCAAUCGCCACCUGGAAGACAAUCCUGAGGUAGCAGAGGUUGUCGUUCCCCAGCUGGAUGCUUUUUUCUUCCUGCUGUUAGAGAGCCUGAAAACACAUCCUGCUGUCGUCCUGGACACGCUGAAAAAUAUAUGUGAUCUGUUCAUGCCUUUAGACAGGUUGGGUAUAUACCAGAGCAAUGCAGGAGUGAUGGGAUUUUGUGGGCUGAUGUCCUCACUUCUUGGGAUUUUAACCCUCGUACAACCCAAUUUAAAAAUCAAACCAUAAUUAGCAGAGUUGAAAGCAGUCUUGAUGUCAUAUUUCAAGUUAAAAAAAAGCUGUACUAUGAAAUGUUUUUAUUUUGUUCAGGAUUAAGUGAUAUACUUAGUUUCAUAAUGGCUGAGUGGGAUUAACCUGGGUGCACAAAGACUAGUUUUGCAUAGCCUCAACAUUAGUACACUAACUAGCCUGUGUUUUUGGUUAUGUUUUAUACCAAAUUCAACCUAGAGCAAUAACUGGAAGGGGGGGUGAAAGAACCUUUUCUCUCUGUGUGUUACCUCAGCUAGUUUUUUUGAAUUCAUGAGCAACUAGUUAACAAAUGACAAAAUAUUUUGAAAAUAUGUACAAUUUUUUACAUCUUAUACUGGGUUUUGGGACCAGCUUAUACACUGAUUUAAAAGGGAGCAAUUCAAGUUCUAUUUUGGCCAGGAAGAGUUUCUUGUAAUUUAAUGGAGCCAAGGCUAAACCUCAGUGCAUAUUUUUUUUUCAUCAGCACUAAUUCAUCACACUCCAGUCAAGAUGUUUUGUAACCGCUACAGUACAUUGCACUUUGAAUCUGCAGGGAGGAAGGGAUGCAUUUUAUGGUCCUCUUUUGAUACUAACUUUAGGCCCAUUACUAAAAUCUAGUUUUCAUCUGGGUGGCUUUGUGUGUUUUUAUCUCAUUUUUCCGCUGCCUGUUUUAUGGUAGAAUGCUGCUAAAAGUUUUACCUCCAAGAUUCAGGUACUGAAAAAGCAACUUCAAAUCCAAAUCUGCAUAUUCUCUAAACAGCGAGGAUCCAAAAGGCAGACUGCCGGCUAUUUCAGGGCGUUGGCCUCCACUCACUGUUUCGUCUCAUUACAUCAAAGUUGCAUGGACUUUGACCAUAUCAGUUGUAUUUUAACUCAGAACCGGACUCCCAUUUCUCAGAAUUAUGAACGGCAGAUCAUAUGUGUAUUGCAAGAAAAGUGUGAUAGAGAAGUAUGAAAUUCUGCUGCAGAAAAAAUCUAUGCAAAUUGUAUUUGAUACUAGAAUACAGAGCCUUAAUAGAUUUGUUUUGUACCUGUUUAUGUAUGUUUCCAUCUGAGUGUUUAUAAAUCUUAAUAUAUUGUCUGAA